UCAAAUGAAACCAAAGUAACUAAUACAAAAUAUUGUCCUGGUUUUUGUUUGAAAUGGCUUUAACAACAACUAACGCCCGACUAUUUGUAAUUUUGACUGUAUAAGCAGAUUCAAUUAUUACAAUUUAUAGCGUUUAAAAAAUAAGAACACACACGAAGAAUUAACACGUAGUGUCAAACAGAUAGCAACCGUAAAGCGCAAAUUAUGAUCAACAAACAAAUUCAGAGUUGAGUAAAAUUCCCUAGUUGAUCAUGGAGAACCUCUGUCGUGUUUGUUUAAAAGAAGGAGCCAACAUAGCAAUAUUUGAUAGCAAAGAUGAAGCCAGUGUAUAUACUAAACUCUCUUUAUGUGUUAGAGAAAAGGUAGAGGACCUUGAAGGAUACCCUCGCAACAUUUGCAUAGCAUGUUACAGUACCUUAGAAGCUGUCUGCACUUUCAUAAAACAAUACAAAGAGUCUCACAAGGUCCUUGAAAGUGGGCUAAUCCCAAUAAAACAUGAGCCCUAUGACAAUAAUACCUUUGACGAUAACACCUUUGAAAAUAACAAUCAAUCAGAUGUCGAAAUAGAGAUAUCACUUAAAGCUGAACCUCAAGAUGUCAAUGAAGUUUUAGAGGAACCUUUAAAGUUGAAAAUUGAUAAGCUGAAACAUUUAUCCAUUAAGAGAGUUGUAAAGAAAGAAGGAACUGAAGAUAAUGAAUGUGUGGAUGUAACGGAAGAACCUGCCCCGAAAAAGAAGAAAAAAAGCGUCAAAAAAGACACACGACUGUCAUUGAAAGAAUACAAGCAAAUGACAUUAAAACAGAGGAAAUUAAAGUUACUCCAAAGACAGAAAGAGAUUGAAGAAAGGAGAAAAACUAAAAGUAAACAAAAUGAUUCCGAUCCAUCCAAGCCCGAUGAACCGAAGCCACCCAAACUGUGUGAUAUCUGCGGUGACACAUUCCCAUCAUCAGACAAACUGUCCUAUCAUAAACAGAAAAAACAUGUGGACGUACCCGUUCAAUGUCCAACGUGCAAUCGCACAUGUGUAAGCACAUAUUACCUCAACAGGCAUAUAAAGAGAAAACAUACUGAGCAAAAGGACUUUGCGUGUCAAAUCUGUGGAACGUGUUUUGCUUUUAAAGGAGAGCUGACGAGUCAUUACAAAUCUGUGCAUGUGAAGAAGACGGGGCCACCGAGGACUUGGGCGUGCAAGCAUUGUGGGAAGACAUACAAGUGUCCGAAGUCAGUGCUUGUGCAUGAGAGAUCUGUUCAUACAGGUGAACGCCCAGCAGUCUGCGAUAUCUGUAACACCAGCUUCACCCAUCACGACUACCUAAAAGAGCAUAUGCGUUUACACACCGGUGAAACCCCAUUCAAGUGUCCCAUAUGUGGCCGCGGCUACGCGCAGCGCUGCAAUAUGAAGAGCCAUCUCCGCAUACACAAGGUGUCGGAGCUCAACCCUGAGGAGCUUAGCAAGCUUAGACCUAACUAUAUUAGGAGGUUGAAGGUAUGAUAAGAUUAAAUUGAGAGGUCCACAUUGUUUGGA